AUGUCAUCAAUGAUGGAAGCCAUUGUCAUCCCUAAGUUUGGAGGUCCAGAAGUUCUCGAAUUUCAACAAGUCUCAAAGCCAGAACCUGCAGUCGGUGAGGUGCUCAUCACUGUGAAAGCGUUCGGGAUCAACCACGCUGAGAUGCACAUGCGCAAAGGAGAAUGGGACGAAUGGAAUCCCAUCACAGGUCUUGAAUGCGUCGGCAUCGUCGAAGCCUGUCCCGGAAACGAAAUUCCGGUUGGGAGCAAAGUCAUCGCACUCAUGGGUGGGAUGGGCAGAGAACGUCCCGGAUCGUAUGGUGAAUUGGUUACUGUGCCAGUCACUAAUGUUACCUCCGUCAAGACAAAUUUGCCGUGGGGAGAGCUUGCUGCAAUACCAGAGGUGUAUUCGACCGCCUAUUCGUGUCUUUUCACCGUCUUAGAUCUGAAGGCGGGAGAAUCGAUUCUGAUCCGCGGAGCAACAUCGACCAUUGGCCAAGGAGCCGUCAACCUAGCUGUCAACGCCGGGGCGAAGGUGACAGGAACGACGAGAAGAGAAGGAAGGUUCAAGAUGCUGAAAGACAUGGGUGUGAUGAAUGUUGUCCUUGAGCAUGAUAACCUAGCGAGCGAGUUUCCCGAUGGAACCAUGUUCGACAAGGUUCUCAAUUUGAUUGGCAACAGGGUGCUGGUGGAGUCGAUAGAGUUUACUCGAGCUGAUGGGAGAAUGCUUCAAGCUGGAUGGCUGGGAGGUUUGGCACCAGUGAAGGACUUCAACCCCAUGGUGGAAAUGAAGCCAGGGGUGCAUUUCAGUCUAUUCCACAGCAAGGUUCUGGGGACAGCUGAAUUCCCACUUUCAGGAGUUCCACUGCAAGACAUCGUGGACAAGAUUGAAGCCGAAGCUUGGGUUGCCAAACCCACCUACGUGUUUGACUGGAAGGAUAUCCGGAAAGCGCAUGAGUUACUAGACUCUCACAACGCUGGUGGCAAGAUCGUGGCCAUACACUGAGACAUUGGAGUCGUAGGAUAGAACGGAAGUUAGGAGAAAGAAUGCC